UUGGAAGGAUUUAGUUUUAAUUACCCAAUUCAAUUUUAAUUUGAAGAGGAACUUCUUCUAUUUGCCACCCGCCGUCGCUGCGCCCUCUGCUCUCCCCCGUCGCCGGAGAGGUUUUUAAAGCAUUGGUCCGAACCAAAACCGACCAUUGGCAAAGUUAAACCCUAAGCCCUAAAAACUAAAAUCGCGUAAAGGGUGAAAACCUUAAACCCUAUUCAACUACUAAAACCCUCUGUCAAAUCUCUCUGGAGCGGGGGAGUUAUGGCGGUCGACACACACAAGCACGAGAAGGAAGCCUGCAUUCUUCAAUUCUACAAAAUUGUGCUCAGUUGGGAUUACAAUCUCAUCUUGGAGGAAGCACAGCGUCAACCGAAACGUGCUCUUGGAGUGAAAAAGGUUAAAAACACGUAUAAAAAUGUUGAAGAAUAUCUUGGGACAUUUGAGCCACUGCUAUUUGAAGAAGUUAAAGCAAAUAUUGCUAGAGACAUUGAUGAAGACGAAGAAAGAGUAUGCCAGGAAGCGAUGGUAGCAGAAUGUGGAGAAGUUAAUGGAUUUCAUAUGCCUAUGAUCAUAUGUUCGGAGCCAGAGAAAGUAUCUGAAAAUGAUUUAUUAUUGGUUUCAAAUAAGAAGUUUGAAGGCAAAAUACCAACGGCAUAUGCCUUUGCAUUGGUUGAGCAUCGUCAACAGGACAAGCUAAGACUUCGUUUGUUUUUGGGUAAUGAAGUCAUAGGAUACAACAAAGACAAAACUAAAAGUAGCCAAAGGCGCUUUAGCAUGCUUCCUAUUGUUUGUGAAGUAAAGAAAAUCUUAUUUGUUCAGAAGAUUUGCAGUUUAUCAACUAUAGUCCGUGAAUAUGUUGCUCUGCAGUCCAUUAGAUAUCUCCCUUUCAAGGAUUUGAUCCUAGAACCAUCAGACGUUGACAUUAUUAGUAAAGAUGGUGCUUGGAAACUGGCUAAACCUUUAAUGGAUUUUAUUGAGAGCAAUCACAAUAAAUCACAAUUAAAGGCUAUAAACGAAGGUCUUUCACGGAAGCCCUUUGUCUUGAUACAGGGUCCACCUGGCACAGGAAAAACACAAACCAUUCUUGGGCUUCUUAGUGCCAUUUUGCAUGCUACUCCACCUAGGGUACAUUCCAACGGAGGAAAACAAGUAGGGGUCAAACGUGGGCCAGAACUGCCUAUUCAAGAAAAAUGUAGUCACUGGGACAAAGCAUCACCAUGGCUAAGUGGAAUUAAUCCUCGAGAUUUGAUCAUGCCUGUAGAUGGAGAUGAUGGAUUCUUCCCCACAUCUGGCAAUGAGAUGAAACCAGAGGUGGUUAAUUCAAGCAGAAAGUAUCGUGUUCGUGUUCUAGUAUGUGCUCCUUCAAAUUCUGCUCUUGAUGAGAUUGUUUUGCGUAUCCUGAGUACCGGCAUUCGUGAUGAAACUGACCAUGCAUACAGCCCUAAGAUUGUGCGAGUAGGUCUUAAAGCCCACCACUCAGUCCAGGCAGUUUCCAUGGAUUACUUGGUAGAGCAAAAACUUGCGGGCAUGGACUCUCAGGUUGGUGACAAGCAGAAGCAGCAAGGAGGCAUAUCAAAGGACAAAGACAGUAUGCGUGCUUCCAUACUGGAUGAGGCAGUUAUAGUUUUCUCCACUCUGAGCUUCAGCGGAUCAACUCUAUUUAGUAAAUUGAAUCGGAGUUUUGAUGUUGUCAUAAUUGAUGAGGCUGCUCAAGCUGUGGAGUCAGCUACGCUUAUACCACUGGCUAGUGGAUGCAAACAAGUUUUCUUGGUCGGGGAUCCAGUUCAGCUGCCAGCCACAGUAAUUUCCCCUGUUGCAGAAAAUUUUGGAUACGGAAUGAGCUUAUUCAAAAGAUUCCAGCAGGCAGGCUAUCCUGUACAGAUGCUGAAGACCCAAUAUCGCAUGAAUCCAGAGAUUAGGAGCUUCCCUUCUAAGGAAUUUUAUGAAGAUUCAUUGGAGGAUGGGCCUGAUAUUGAAAAUCAAACAAGGCGCCCAUGGCAUAAUUUCCGUUGCUAUGGGCCAUUUUGUUUCUUCGAUUUACAUGAAGGGGAGGAGUCCCAGCCUUCUGGCAGUGGCUCUCAUGUAAAUGCUGACGAAGUUGAUUUUGUCCUGGAUAUGUAUAGCAAAUUAGUUAGUAGCUAUCCAGAGCUUAAGGCAAGUUCUCGACUUGCAAUCAUAUCACCAUACAGACAUCAAGUCAAGUUAUUCAGAGAGAAGUUCCGUAGCACCUUUGGUGUGCAGUCUGAUAAACUCGUAGAUAUCAACACCGUUGAUGGUUUUCAGGGACGUGAAAAGGAUGUUGCGAUCUUUUCUUGUGUCAGAGCAAAUGACACUCAAGCCAUUGGUUUCGUUAAAGAUUAUAGACGAAUGAAUGUUGGCAUUACUCGAGCAAGGUCUUCUGUUUUGGUCGUGGGUUCUGCAUCAACAUUAAGAGGAGAUGACCACUGGAAGAAUCUGAUUGAAAAUGCAGAGAAGAGAAAUGUAUUAUUCAAGGUAUCCAAGCCUUACGCUGACUUCUUCAGCGAGGCUAGCCUCGAGUCCAUGAGAGUAGUGGCCAAUCCCGAGUCCCCGGCAGCUCCUAUGGAAGUGGAUGAUAAUGAAAACGCAUUGCCUAUCGAUAUCAAUGGUGGCGUUGAUCCGGGAGAAGCUGACUGGGGUGGAGAUGAUGACGACGGUGGUUUUGAUGAAGACGGUGGUGGUGACGACUGAAACAUUGUUUAUUAGCUGCAAUUUGGAUUUUGCAGUCAAUCAAUUCCUUUCCAAUUAUUUCAUCUACUGUCAAAUGUAUAUACUAUAGAAACAGUAUCACUAUGCUACUCCACAUUUUAUGGAAUUACUAAUAGGAAAUUUCAUCUUAACACU